UCAUUGGAUGUUACGAGUGACUUUUCCGAUUUCUAUUAGAAGGUUUUGGUGUCAUUCAAGACUUCAGUCAACAAGAUAGGUUGGUGACACUGACGGGAUGGAUGCGGCUACUCUUACCUACGACACACUACGAUUUGGGGAGUUUGAGGAUUUCCCAGAGACGUCCGAGCCUGUCUGGGUUCUAGGGAAACAGUCCAAUGCUCUGACAGAGAAGGAUGAGAUUCUGUCAGAUAUUACGUCACGCUUGUGGUUCACCUACAGAAAGAAUUUCCAGGCAAUUGGAGGAACAGGGCCUAUGUCUGACACGGGCUGGGGAUGCAUGCUGCGAUGUGGACAGAUGAUUCUUGCUGAAGCGUUGCUCCGCAGACACUUGGGUCGUGAGUGGAGAUGGGUUCGAGGUCAGCAGCCAAAAGAGGAGUAUAUGAGCAUCCUCAAUGCCUUCAUAGACAGGAAGGACAGCUACUAUUCUAUUCACCAGAUAGCUCAGAUGGGAGUGGGAGAGGGUAAGUCCAUAGGCCAGUGGUAUGGCCCGAAUACAGUGGCACAGGUACUCAAGAAGCUGGCAGUGUUUGACACAUGGAGCCGAUUGGCAGUUCACGUGGCCAUGGACAACACGGUCAUAAUCGAGGAAAUUAAGAGGUUGUGUAUGCCAUGGUUGGACUUCGAGAGGGGAGGGUGCGCAGAUCCUCUGGAGAUGAACGGGUAUAUGGAGGGGGCGUGUGCCAUGGCUUUGGAAGACACAGCUGUGUGGAAACCACUUGUGCUGCUCAUUCCCCUGCGCCUGGGCCUUAGCGAUAUCAACGAGGCCUACAUUGAAACUCUAAAGCAAUGCUUCAUGAUGCCUCAGUCUUUAGGGGUCAUUGGUGGGAAGCCGAAUAGUGCCCAUUACUUCAUCGGCUUUGUUGGUGAGGAGCUCAUAUACCUGGACCCCCAUACAACUCAGCCGGCUGUGGAGCCGUUUGAAAACGGAGAGAUUCAGGAUGACUCUUAUCACUGCCAGCACCCACCGUGUCGCAUGCACAUCUGUGAGCUCGACCCAUCCAUAGCUGUCGGAUUUUUCUGUCAAACAGAGGACGACUUUGAUGAUUGGUGUGCACAUAUUCGAAAAUUAUCCUGCUGUAGAGGAGGUCUUCCCAUGUUCGAACUUGUAGAUAGUCAGCCAUCACAUCUAAUCAGCACUGAAGCCAUUAAUCUCACUCCUGAUUUCUCAGACUCGGACCGGCUUGAGCGUUUCUUUGACUCUGAAGAUGAGGAGUUUGAGAUCCUGUCUUUGUGAGGAUGAGAGCCAGUGAUUGUUCAUCAUACUGUGCUCAGUGCCACACUCGCAGAGAGGAGUAAUACCACUGACAUGAGGCCUGCCUGGCAUUUGGUGGCAUAGUCACCUGUGUAAAACUCACCUUCCUGCUACACUGACUGCUCUCUGCGUCAUUUUGAGUCCUGAGGUCAGAGGUCAUCAUUAUCACAGGCUCUGAGGAGUCUCAGUAUGUUCAUAUUAACACUUAACGUGUAUCCAUUAUGAGUCUUAACACUUUUUGUUAGAAAGUGACCGUGCCUUUUUAUGCGCCUACACUAAUGCAGAUUUGCCAUAACUCACUUUUGGUGGUCAUCAGGAGCACGGCUGCUCAGAGUAUGCUCAUGACCUACACUGCUUUGAUGUCUGUAGCAAAUUGUAAAUGAAAACCAAGAUGUAAAAGUUACAGACCAAGUAGGUUAGCUUGUGUAGUACAGUACAUUUUAUCAAUGUUUAAAGUAUCUGUACACAAGUUUAUUUUAAGAUUAUUUAUUUAAUCACUUGUAAAAUAAAAAAAAAAAAAAAAGAAUAAAAAUAUACUCACCAUCCACUUUAUUAGGAACACCUGUACCUUCAUUCAGUUAUCUAAUCAGCCAAUCAUGUGGCAGCAACACAGUGCAAAAAAAUAAUCAUGCAGAUACAGGGCAAUGGCUGCAGUUACUGUUCACAUCAAACAUCAGAAUGGGGGGGGGAAUUGAGUGUGUUCUGUGACUCUGAACAUGGCAUGGUUGUUUGUACCAGAUGGGCUGGUUUGAGUAUUUCAUGAUGAGCUGGGAUUUUCACAUACAACAGACUCUAGAGUUUACACAGAAUGGUGAGCAGAAAACCAUCUCAGCAUGCACAAAACACUGAACCAAAACAUUAAGGUGAAUGAGCUACAACAGCAGAAGGCCAUAUCAGGUUUACUCCUGUCUUAAGCACAGGAAUCUGAGGCUGUCAUGGGCACAAGCUCACCCAAAUGGAACAGUUGAAGUUUAUACCUGUCUUAACUGUCCUGUUUAGGUGAGCCUGUGCCCAUGACAGCCUCAGAUUCCAGUUCUUGGCUGACAGGAGUGAACGUGAGGUUGCCACAGACAACAUUAACUGAAGCUCUUGACAUGUUAUAGGUGUGAUUUUAUGUAUUGUGCUACUGCCACAUGAAUGGCUGAUUGCAUAACUGCAUGAAUUGGGUGUCCCCAAUUAAGUGGAUGGUAAGGUCACAUAAAAUAAUGAUGACUACUUCUUUUAAUAAAAAGGAGGCUUUAAGAAGUAGUGUUACUUCCAGGCAAUGUCCAUGCACAGAACAACUGUGAUUAAAAAUGCUGUUAUAUGCAUGGGAAAUCUCCUUACUGUUCAUUUCCAGAGUUCUCCAAUUGGCAGAUUCUCAGACAUAUUGAUUGUGUUCUCACACAGCACUUUAAUAUCACUGUGUACUAUGUCUAUGCUUCUGG